AGGUUCAAUGAAAAAAAAUUCAAAUUGAAAAUCAUGCAUUGUUCUUCCAGAAGGAAAACGAGUAUGAAUAAAGAAAAUGAACUUACUGAAAAAUUUGAAGAGCCAGCACGACGAAUUACUCGAGCACUGGCUAAAGCACAGGGGGGUGCAGCCUCAAAAUCGUCCUUCAAACAAGUCAAAAAAUGUGUUCAUCGAAUGAACUCCAAACGUGCAUCAUCUGAUGAGAACAAGGCUUCUGUGACUGCCACCGUUGGCCUUCAGCCUAAAAGAAGGGUAGUGCUUAAAGAUGUAACGAACGUCUGUGCCGACGAUAUGCACAUGGACUACUUAAAAGCAACCAAAAUUCAGACCUCCAAGCAGACCAUUAGAGAUCCUAGGGGGAAGAAAAAAGAAAUGGUUGACGAUAUCUUCACUGAGAUUCCAUUAGUGGAAGAUGUGAAAGCAAAGUUAGCUGAAGACUUGUCAAAAAUAAGGAUGAUGGAGGCACAGGAAAGCACUUUACCCGUAAAACUGGAAAAAAGUGCAGUAGCAGAGCCUAAGUGUCAUGCUGAAAGAAAGUGUACCGUACCAGAUUCAUUGCCCCCAAUACAGGCCUUUUCAAUGUCAGUUGGACACCAAAGCCCUCAAAGAAAAGAAGAAGAUGAGGUUUGCGACAGACCAGAAUGCUCGAAAGAUGUUAUGGAUAUUGAUUCAAACCUAAAAGAUCCUCGAUUGUGUAGCUUAUAUUCCCCCGAUAUAUACAAUUAUAUACGUGUUGCCGAGCUUAACCGGAGACCAUCAACUAAUUAUAUGGAGCAGGUGCAGAAGGAUAUUACCCCAAGCAUGCGAGGAAUUUUGAUUGACUGGCUAGUGGAGGUUUCUGAAGAAUAUAAGUUAGUCCCAGACACACUGUACCUCACUGUGAGCCUCAUUGAUCGUUUUCUCUCCCACAAUUUUAUAGAAAAACAUAGACUCCAGCUACUAGGUGUUACCUGCAUGCUAAUUGCAUCAAAGUACGAAGAGAUUUGCGCACCAAGAGUGGAAGAAUUCUGCUUCAUCACUGAUAAUACCUACACAAGAGGAGAGGUGUUGAAAAUGGAGAGAAAAGUUCUGAAUUUCUUGUAUUUUCAUCUCUCUGUUCCGACCACAAAAACAUUUCUCAGGAGAUUCAUUCAAGCAGCACAAGCAACUUACAAAGUUCCGUGCAUGGAACUAGAGUUCUUAGCAAAUUAUUUGGCAGAGCUGUGUCUAGUUGAGUACAACUUCGUAAAGUUCUUGCCUUCACUCAUCGCUGCAUCUGCUGUAUUCCUUGCUAGAUGGACCCUCAGUAAAUCAGUGCAUCCAUGGAAUCCAACCUUGGAGCAUUAUACUAGUUACAAGGCAUCAGAGCUGAAAACUAGUGUACUUGCAUUGGAGGAAUUGCAACUCAACACUAAUGGCUGCUCCCUCAAUUCUAUUCGCGACAAGUACAGACAACAGAAGUUCAAAUGCGUUGCGACAAUGAGUUCCCCAGAAAGAGUAGUAUCAGUCUUCUCAAGAAGAUAAAGACAAUUUGUCUUCU